GUUACACUUGAUUCCACCGUCAACGAAUCACCGCAUCCGACGCCGAGCCAACGUUCAACGGGAACGAAAUGAAAAGCUGUACGGGAAACUUAACCACCGGUCGACGGUGGUGGCGUGUCGGUUUGAACGUUCUAAUGGUGGUAACGGUGGUCGCCCUAGUAACGGCCCCGUUGCCCGUGCACAGUGCGGACAGCGCGGACGGUAGUGAUUAUUGUGAUCAGUCGCUGUGCAAACCGAACCAUGCCCAUAUCGGAUGCAAUGCCACGGACCAGUUUGGUGAACUUUGUCCGAACGAGACGGUGCAGCUCGUGGUCAUGGAGCAACCGCUGAAAGAGCUGAUCCUGAAGCUGCACAAUGGGCUUCGGAGUGAGCUGGCCAGCGGUAAAAUGGAUGGAUUCGCUGAAGCGGAACGGAUGGCUGUGCUGGUGUGGGAUGACGAACUGGCCACGCUGGCCGAGUAUAACGCUCGUACGUGCCAGUACCUGCACGACGAAUGUCGCAGCACGGACCGGUACCGGAGCGCGGGUCAGAACAUUGGCCGGAAGUCACGGGCAGGUAAUGUCACCAUCGACCUGAACCGGGCCAUCACCGAUCUCACCAACAAGUGGUGGCAGGAGUACGUCGAAAGCAAUCAGACCGUCAUGGAUGACUAUCGGGCCGUUGGCGAAGGCGUGGAUGUGGCCCAUUUCGCACAGAUGGCUAGUGACCGCAUUACAAAGGUCGGGUGCGGUGCAACACGCUACUACAACGACGCGCGGAAACGGUCGUACGUGUACUACGUCUGUAACUACUCACACAGCAACGAGCACGGUCAACCCGUCUACCGGAAGGGAACGCAGUGUGGCAAGUGCGUAGCUACCGCAUCGCAGGCCAAAUGCAGCACAACCUACCCGGGGCUAUGUGAGGGAAUUGGUGACGCCAUUGAUAAGGAGCUUUAUCCUGCAACCUCGACAUCCUAAGGCGCUGCAGGCUCUCGACUUCCCUAUCGCGGACGUUGUACGGACGGUCCGAAUAAAAAGUGACACUAUUUAUUCCAACACGAUACAACCGAUUCUACCGCUGUGCUACGUCCAUUCAUUCAAUUCUUACUUCGUAUGCCGACUGCGAGCUGCCUCAGGGGAGGAAUCGUUUGCUCGCGAAGCUGCUCGUCCAAACACCACGAAACAGGCCGUCACGUCACUACCAGAUGGACAAAAGUUUUGUGACUUUGUGUCUUGCCUAUUGAACUGUAUUUGGUGGUUCUUCUCCUUCUGCUACUACGAACAGUAGCAGGAGUUGGGACCUGUCAAGAGUAGGCGGCUGCUGUAUGAGACACGGGAAAAAUAAACAUUCAAACUAGAUUUCCCGCUUUCCCGGUACACGGCAGCAAGUAAACCGCAUCGAUAAA